AUGGCGACUAGGCAUCCCGGGUUUUGCUUUCAACCCACCGACCAAGAACUCUUUUCCGAUUACUUGAUGCGGAGGCUGAAUGAAGAACUACUGCCUGACCCCAACCUCAUCCGCGAUUGUGACGUGUACGGCGGCGGCGACCCCUGGAAGAUCUUCGACAAGGAUAGGGGCGGGAAGUUCUAUGUUUUCACAGUGCUGAAGAAGAAGAACAGAUCAAGGGUGGACAGGACCGCUGGCUCAGGUUCUUGGAAGGGCGAACAGAGUUCCGAUUUCAAGGAUUUGCAAGGUGACGUGAUUGGCUACAAGAAACUCUUUACUUUCAAACCGAAAGCCGGCUCGAGCGCGAAAGCUGACAAGGCCGAGAAUGGGCACUGGAUCAUGUACGAGUACUCGAAGCAUCCCCGCAACGAAACGGACUGUGUCUUAUGCGUAAUUCAUAACAAAUACGCGGGGGAAGCAAGCAAGAGGGUUCGCCGGAAUCUGCACGGCCCAGUGCAACUUGAGGAAGAGAAUCCACGGGCAAAGAAGGCACAGACACUCCGCGAUGAUCACACAUACGCCAUCGACGUUCCUGCCACUGCAUCGCCAUCCUCAACUACUGCUGCCGCUCAAGCUCAACCAUCCUCUUCCCCGGCUUUGAACGAAGACGGAGUCUUCAUUCCACGGAAUAACAUCAGCUUCACCACUAGAAAUGCCAAUUCGCUUCCUCCGACAUCGGCGAACAUGCAAGAAGAUACCUGCCCGGCAGCUGCCCCGGCUUUUGGUGGCCCAAAUGGUGGUCCCUUUUCUAUGAUGGGCACGGCAGCACCUGGGGUCGACUGGGAAUGGGCGGAUCGGUUGAAGAAGAUGGAAAUAAGUCCGACGGUCAAGCAUCUCUUCUGUGCAGUUGUCGAGCAACGCGCUCGAGCUCUUCAUGGAAGGAUGGAACGACCUCGUUGAAAUCGCACUUAGGAGGAGUUCCAGCCAAUUUGUUUGAUUAGUUUCUAGGCAUUGGCCACUGCAUCUAGCUAGUUAUUAGGAUAAUCGAUGAACAUCAUGUUCUUAAUUUCGACAAUUACUAUUAUCUGCUCCUCCAGAUGAUGUAAACUAUUAUGCCGUUG